CCUCUAUAAAUCUAAACAAACAGAUUGCCAAACUAAACUCAAACCAAAUCAAAACGCCUUACAAAAUAAUCCAAAAACGAUCACCGGAAAUGUGCGACACUGUGAAGAACAACUACCAGCUUUGCGAGGAGGUUGGCCGUGGCCGAUUUGGCAUCAUUUCUCGCUGCUUCUCUCCGAUCAGUAACGACUUCUUCGCUUGCAAAAUCGUAGACAAAAACCUCCUUACGGAUUCCACCGACCGCGAGUGCCUUCAAAACGAAGCUAAAAUCAUGACUGUCUUAUCUCCGCAUCCAAACAUUGUUCAGAUCCACGAUGUAUACGACACCGAUGACUCACUCACCAUGGUUAUGGAGCUCUGUGAGCAGUAUACUCUUUAUGAUAAGAUUAUCAAGAGUAAUGGAGGUCUUUCUGAAGCAAAAUCUGCUACGAUUAUGAAACAAUUGUUAAAUGCCAUUUCUCAUUGCCAUAGAUUCAAUAUUGUGCACAGAGACAUCAAGCCGGAUAAUAUCCUGUUUGACUCGCGGAAUAGAGUGAAAUUGGCCGAUUUUGGAUCGGCAGAUUGGCUAAGCGAUGAGGGGACGAUGACCGGUGUAGUAGGAACACCGUAUUAUGUGGCGCCGGAGGUUGUGUUAGGGAGAGAUUAUAACGAGAAGGCUGAUAUAUGGAGUGCUGGUGUAGUUUUGUAUGUAAUGUUGGCUGGGAUACCACCGUUUUACGGCGAGACGGUAGAGGAGAUAUUCGAAGCGGUUAUUAGAGGAAAUCUGAGAUUUCCGCCGCGGAUAUUUAGGAAUGUUUCGCCGGAGGCGAAGGAUCUCUUGAAGAAAAUGAUAUGCAGAGACGUUUCCCGGCGAUUCUCAGCUGAGCAAGCUCUAAGGCACCCAUGGAUUCUGAACGAAGGAGAGACAAGUUCAAUGGACUAAAAUGCCCUCAAUGAAAGAAGAAAUUACAGGUGAAAGCACUAAUAACUUAUCACUGUGUACAUCUACAUAUCAGUGGGUAGCGCGAAGUCCGAUGGAGGGUACUUCCAGAAUUCCAGUUUUUCCACGCUACUGCCUUAGAGAGAGAAGAAGAAAAAGACAAGCGAAGUCACAUGGGGGGCUCCACUAUCGAGAAAUGAGACUUUUUUUUUUAUUAUUAUUAUUUUUUUCUUUUUGCCCGGUUUCUGUUUUGGCUUUGUUUGAUAUGAGAAUGGAAGGAGAGAAAGAAUAGGAUUUGUAGAUAAAUGUGGAAAAAGAAAAAUAAAAAAUAUUAAAAAAUCAAGUCUUUCCCCGCCUUUGUUGCCCCCUUUUUUUGGGCUAAGGAAGAGGGAAAGCUGAAGACGUUUGUACUUUGUAGUUUGUACUGUUAUUACUACUACUGGUAUUUUGCCUCUUUAUUUUUCCUCGUACGAAUCUUAAUGUAUGUCUUGUAAAUGCAAAUUUAGAAUGUGAAUUGAAUUUGCA